AUGGUGUUGAUCCAUUUGGAUGUUAACAAUCUGGACAAAUAUGUAUAAUAUCUUUACAAUCAUCCAUAUAACAAGGUAGACAGGCUAGACAUAAGAUUCCAAAAGAACAUAAAAGUAAAAGACAUGAAACCAUAAAUGUACCUUUUCCAACUCUUCUAUGUAAUUUAGUUUGAAUCUAUUAACAAGAUUGAAAUAUAUAAUUACUUAUUUUUUGCAAUUCUAACAAAUUAGUUUAACGGAGUAAAUUUAUCCAUCACCAGUUUAAACAAGUGAAUUGACUAACUUAAUUUAUCUUAGACUUGUAAUUUAAGGAAUGAUUUGA